AAUACCGUGGGAGGAAGGAACGCGGCAGGAAGCGCAGAAUGGCAGAACUCAGAAAUCGUAUCACGUGAUGAGCACGUGCGGGUUCUAGUGGGGAAGAUAACGAUAUCUAGCGAAGAAGAUGAAAUGAACGGAAAAUCCCUAGUGACCCUCAAGAGUCUGAGACAGAGAGAGGAACUGUGUGGCGGGCAGCGGCGGCGGCUGUAUCGGUAACAUCGGUUCCAAUCUUGUUGUCUGUUGUGUCUAGCAUUUUCUAGCAAUGGCAGAUGGACAUGAAUCAGAUAAAAACAUUGAGAUAUGGAAAAUCAAAAAAUUAAUAAAGGCUUUAGAAUCUGCGAGAGGAAAUGGAACAAGCAUGAUAUCACUUAUCAUGCCUCCUCGUGACCAGAUAUCGCGAGUCACGAAGAUGCUUGGUGAUGAAUUUGGAACUGCUUCAAACAUCAAAAGCAGAGUGAACCGUCAGUCUGUGUUGGCUGCGAUUACUUCUGCUCAACAGAGGUUGAAGCUUUAUAACAAGGUCCCUCCCAACGGUUUGGUGCUUUAUACUGGUACAAUUGUAACUGAAGAUGGCAAAGAAAAGAAAGUGACAAUUGACUUUGAGCCUUUCAAGCCUAUAAACGCAUCACUAUACCUCUGUGAUAACAAGUUCCACACAGAAGCUCUAAAUGAACUUUUAGAAUCUGAUGAUAAAUUUGGUUUCAUUGUCAUGGAUGGCAAUGGCACUCUAUUUGGCACGCUAAGUGGGAAUACAAGAGAGGUGCUUCACAAAUUCACUGUUGAUCUUCCGAAGAAGCAUGGAAGGGGAGGACAAUCAGCUCUACGGUUUGCUCGUCUUCGGAUGGAGAAACGUCACAACUAUGUGAGGAAGACUGCAGAGCUUGCCACACAGUUUUUCAUCAAUCCUGCUACAAGUCAGCCUAAUGUUGCUGGCCUAAUCCUUGCUGGUUCAGCUGACUUCAAGACCGAACUGAGUCAAUCAGAUAUGUUUGAUCCUCGUUUGCAGGCCAAAAUAUUAAAUGUCGUUGAUGUCUCUUAUGGAGGGGAAAAUGGUUUUAACCAAGCCAUUGAACUAUCAGCUGAAAUCCUAUCAAAUGUAAAGUUCAUACAAGAGAAACGCCUGAUUGGAAAGUAUUUUGAAGAGAUCAGCCAGGAUACUGGGAAGUAUGUUUUUGGUGUCGAUGAUACACUAAAGGCUCUAGAGAUGGGUGCCGUAGAAACACUUAUCGUGUGGGAAAAUCUGGAUAUCAAUAGGUAUGUUCUUAAAAACAAUACUACUGGUGAAAUAGUUGUAAAGCAUCUGAACAAGGACCAGGAAGCUGAUCAGAGCAACUUCCAUGAUCCAUCCACCAAUGCAGAGUUGGAGGUUCAGGAGAAGAUGCCUUUACUUGAGUGGUUUGCCAACGAAUACAAGCGUUUUGGUUGCACGUUGGAGUUUGUGACCAAUAAAUCUCAGGAAGGAUCACAAUUUUGCAGAGGGUUUGGUGGAAUUGGAGGUAUCCUCCGCUACCAGCUUGACAUUAGAUCCUUCGAUGAGUUAUCUGAUGAUGGAGAGCAAUAUGAUGAUUCUGAUUGAGAAGCAGUUUCCAGGGCUGUAGCGUGAAGAAGGUAUCCAGAGUGAUGAAGCUUUGUCAGAACUGGCUCCUUAUUCUUCUUGCUUUGUCAGAACUGGCUCCUUAUUCACCCCCAUAAGAAGAUGAGGGAGGUGCAUGAAUUGUUUCUUGUGAACACCUCAUGUUGAUGAUUGUUUCUUUCUUUUGUUUGUUCAUGAGGCAUAAUGUUGUUGUUGUUGGAAGGCUUCACAGGAGGAUUUGUUUAUUCGGAGAAAGAUUAAAGAACUUUUUUAUACGUUAGUUGUGUUAUUGCCAGCAUUGACAGUGCUUUUUCUUAUGUUGGGUCCCCAGACAUGCCGUUUGGUUUUGAUUAUUCUUGGUCCUUGCUGCUAGUACGCAUCUGCGUUGUUCUUCUCUU